UGUAAACACGUGAAAACUGAAUUGCUAAUAUCCAAAAAACAAUAUUUCAAGAAAAAGAAGUUCUGACACGGCGUUCAGUCGUUGUCAACCCACAAGAUGGUUAAAGAACAAUUCAGAGAAGCCGAUGUGGCUAAGAAAAUAAGCCAUGUUACGUUUGGGAUGAUGAAUUCUCAACAAAUGCAGCAGGUUUCUCAUAUGCAUGUUGUCAGUAAAAAUCUCUACAAUCAAGAUGGUAGUCGAAAACCUGUUAUCAAUGGUGUUCUUGAUCAUAGAAUGGGAACCAGUGAUAAGGAGAAUAGUUGUGAAUCAUGUGGAAAAGGAUUAGUUGAUUGUAUUGGUCACUAUGGUUAUGUUGAUCUGGAACUACCAGUCUUUCAUAUUGGUUAUUUUAGAACAACGAUAACACUACUGCAGAUGAUUUGUAAGCGUUGCAGCAACAUUCUUCUUCAUCCAACAGAUAAAAAGAAUUUUUUGGAUGCUUUAAAGCGACAAGGAAUGACCUAUCUUCAAAAGAAGGGCAUGAAGAAAAAGAUACACGAAAAGUGUAGAAAAGUUACUAAAUGUGUACAUUGUGGAGAAUAUAAUGGAAUGACAAAGAAAUGUGGUAUGCUGAAGAUUAUACAUGAUUGUUAUAAACCUGGUAGAAGAGGGGGAGAACAAAUUAUUGCUGAAUUUGUUGGUUCAUUUGAAAAUGCUAAAAAGCACAAUGGUGAGAUUGAACCAUUGCUAAAUAAAGUUCAGGAAAUUUUAAAUCCUUUGGUGGUUUUGAAUCUUUUCAAAAAAAUUAAAGAUGAAGAUGUACCUUUGUUAAUGAUGAAUCCUAAUGUAGGUCGUCCAGAAGAUAUGAUUCUAACUCGUAUAGUUGUGCCACCUAUCUGUAUUAGACCUUCUGUAGUAUCAGAUCUUAAAUCAGGAACAAAUGAAGAUGACAUUACUAUGAAGUUUACAGAAAUUAUAUUUUUAAAUGAUGUAAUACAGAAACAUAGAGCUUCUGGUGCUAAGAUGCAGAUGAUCAUGGAAGAUUGGGAUUUUCUACAAUUACAAGUAGCUUUACUAUACAACAGUGAAACAUCUGGUAUACCACUUCAUAUGCAGCCCAAGAAAGCCUCCCGUGGAUUUGUACAAAGAUUAAAGGGUAAACAAGGUAGAUUUCGGGGUAAUUUGUCUGGUAAAAGAGUUGAUUUUUCUGGAAGAACAGUUAUCUCCCCUGAUCCUAACAUGAGAAUUGAUCAAGUAGCUGUACCAGUUCUUAUAGCUAAGAUUUUAACAUAUCCAGAACGUGUUACAGCAGCUAAUAUUAAACUAAUGAGACAAUUAGUAUUAAAUGGAGCUGAUACUCAUCCUGGGGCUAAUUUCUUACAACAACGUGGAAAUAACAUCAAAAGGUUUUUAAAGUAUGGAGAUCGGGAGAAGAUGGCCAGUAGUUUAAGAUUUGGUGAUAUUAUAGAGAGACAUAUGAUGGAUGAUGAUGUCAUUCUGUUUAAUAGACAACCCUCUCUACAUAAACUUAGUAUACAAGCUUUUUAUGCUAAGAUUAUGCCACACAGAACAUUUCGUUUUAAUGAAUGUUGUUGUAAUCCAUUUAAUGCUGAUUUUGAUGGUGAUGAGAUGAAUCUACAUUUACCUCAAACAGAAGAAGCUAAAGCCGAAGCCAUUACUCUGAUGGGAUCAAAGUCCAAUAUUAUAACUCCUAGAAAUGGUGAACCACUGAUAGCCGCUAUACAAGAUUUUAUUACUGGAGCCUAUCUUAUAACACAGAAAGAUGUAUUUUUUGAUCGUAGUAGAGCUUGUCAACUAGUCUCCUCCAUGUUAUCAGCUAAAGAUGAAAAGACCAGAAUAGAUCUACCUCACCCUGCUAUAUAUAAGCCAUGUAAAUUAUGGACAGGAAAACAGAUAUUUAGUUUAUUAAUACGUCCUAAUAAACAUUCACCAGUUAAAGCUAAUCUGAGAACUAAAGGCAAAAAUUAUACUGUUGGUGAAGAUCUGUGUUAUAAUGAUUCAUUUAUUGUAGUAAGAAACAGUGAGUUAUUAUGUGGUGCUAUGGAUAAAGGAACUCUGGGAUCAGGAUCUAAAGCUAAUAUUUUCUACGUCAUACUACGAGAUUACGGUGAAAUAUAUGCAGCUGAUGCUUUAUCAAGACUCGCUAAACUCUGUCCUGCUUACCUAUCUAAUCGUGGUUUUUCCAUAGGAAUAGGGGAUGUAACUCCACAGACUGGAUUGAUCAAGGCUAAAAAUCAACUGCUGGAUGAUGGGUAUACAAUGUGUGAUGGAUAUAUCCGAGAUUUAGAAGAUGGCAAAUUACAAACACAACCUGGUUGUUCUGAAGAAGAAACUCUUGAGGCUAUGAUAUUACGUGAAUUAUCUGUUAUUCGAGAUCAUGCUGGUAAAGCUUGUUUAAGAGAAUUACAUAAAAGUAACAGUCCACUCACAAUGGCUAUCUGUGGAUCAAAAGGAUCAUUUAUCAAUAUAUCUCAGAUGAUUGCUUGUGUUGGUCAACAGGCUAUCAGUGGACAUCGAGUACCUAAUGGUUUUGAAGAUAGAGCUUUACCUCAUUUUGAGAGACAUUCUAAAGAUCCUGCUGCCAGAGGCUUUGUAGCUAACAGUUUUUAUUCUGGUUUAACACCCACAGAAUUCUUCUUUCAUACUAUGGCUGGUAGAGAGGGUCUAGUAGACACAGCUGUCAAGACAGCUGAAACAGGGUAUAUGCAAAGAAGACUAGUCAAGUCAUUAGAAGAUUUAUGUCUACAGUAUGAUAUGACUGUAAGAACAUCAGUAGGAGAGGUUGUACAAUUUGUUUAUGGUGCAGAUAAUUUAGAUCCAGCUGCUAUGGAAGGAAAAGAAAAACCAAUGGAAUUCCACCGAGUCUUAGAUCAUAUUAGAGCAACAACCAUGGAUACAUACAGAGAAGAACCAUCACUGGAUGGACCUCUACUUCUCUCUACGACACAACAUCUAUUAUCUAAAACACCAUGGACAAAUUGUUCUAAAGAUUUUAUUAAAGAGAUAUUAGAUUUUAUAAAGAAAACAGCCAAUAAAAUAACACAACUGAGAGAGGAGUUUUCUGGAGGAGCACUGAAUGAAACCCCUAAAGUUAUUUAUGAAUUAGAGAGAGUAAGUCAGAGUCAACUGGAGAAAUUUUUAGAAUGCUGUCAUGAUAAAUUUAUGAGAGCUCAAAUAGAACCAGGAACAGCUGUGGGGGCUGUUUGUGCUCAGUCUAUAGGUGAACCAGGUACACAGAUGACAUUAAAGACUUUCCAUUUUGCUGGUGUUGCUUCCAUGAAUAUCACACUUGGUGUACCUAGAAUUAAAGAGAUUAUUAAUGCUUCUAAAAAUAUCAGUACACCUAUAAUAACAGCUCAGUUAGAUGUUGAAACUGAUGCUGAAUUCGCUCGAGUUGUAAAAGGUAGAAUAGAGAAAACUACAUUAGGAGAGGUUUCUGAGUAUAUAGAAGAAGUAUAUAUAGCUGAUGAUUGUUUUAUACUAGUUCGUCUUGAUUUAGAUAGAAUUAAACUAUUAAAGCUAGAGGUAAAUGCUGAUACAAUCAAACAUUCUAUCUGUACAUCAAAACUUGGAGUCAAAUUUCAGGAUAUUGAAAUCCACACAGAUAGUGUACUAACUGUAAGUGCUAGAGAAACAAGUAAAAGUUCUAUGUAUUACAUUCUACAAAACCUAAAGAAGAUGUUACCAUCUGUCAUGAUCAAGGGUAUUACUUCUGUAACUCGAGCUGUUAUCCAUUUUGAUGAAAAGAAAGGAGAUAACUCAUAUAAACUGUUAGUAGAGGGAGAUAACUUGCAAGCUGUUAUUGCUACAAAAGGUGUUAAAGGAACCCAUUCUACAUCUAAUAAUACAUAUGAAGUAAUGAAGACAUUAGGUAUAGAGGCAGCUAGAACUACUAUCAUGAAUGAGAUUAUAUAUACUAUGGUCAAUCAUGGUAUGAGUAUUGAUAUUAGACAUGUUAUGUUAUUAGCUGAUCUUAUGACCUUCAAGGGUGAGGUAUUAGGUAUAACUAGAUUUGGUCUGGCCAAGAUGAAGGAAAGUGUUCUUAUGUUGGCUUCUUUUGAGAAAACAGCUGAUCAUCUAUUUGAAGCAUCUUAUUAUGGUCAAACAGACACAAUCAAUGGUGUCAGUGAGUGUAUUAUAAUGGGUAUCCCUAUGAGUAUUGGAACUGGAUUAUUUAAACUACUUUAUCAAGCUAAUAAACCUUCAACUUUAUCUCGACGUCCAUUAGUCUUCAAUAAUCAAGAAUUCCAUAUACCUGAAGCAGGAUUAAGUUAGCAAAGAAGGAUAUACCAAAAAUGCAAUAAAUAAAUUGUCUCUAAGAACAUACAUGUAGUGCUCUAACAGUAUUUGAACUCAAUCAUGGAGAAAACUGAUUCUUUGUGUUUAUUUUAUACUGUUUCGUGAAGAUGGGAUUUAAAGGAUGAAAGUGUGUAUGCAAUGAAAGAUAUAUGUCACAGGUACAGUGUGUAGACUUCUAAGAAGUGUGAUAUAUUAAAGAAGUAAAGGUUUCUGAACAUUCAUGUGCCCAUAUUUCUACUUAAAAUACAUAAGUAACAUCAUCAUUUGAUGUUGGUGUACCAUUAAUUCAAAUGGUGAUGAUUUUAUUGAUAUGGAGGCGCUGGAUAGUGUCUGUAUGUAAGUUAUUUUAAUGUCCUACUCAAUAUAUUACUUAAUGUCUCAAUCUCCAUUAAACCACACAUACUUGAGGAGAACAUUUACCACUGUUCAUAACACAUGACACAAUUAUAUAGUACAAUGACGAUAUAUGUUGAUAUGUUAUAUAUAUAUAUAUGUUCAUGUUUCCAUAUCUUGUUUACUAGUAGAAAUGGUUAUAGACUAUUGUCCCCAAAUAAGUGCAGGUUAUUUCCCUUUAAUAAGCAUGAUGAAAUCAAUAUAUUUUUUUUUUAUUUAAUGUUGAUCACGAGAUUCACACUCCGAACCGUUUGGUAUAUUUCCAGUUAAUGGUAUUGCAAAUAACUUUCGACUAGAUUUAGACUUAAACUGCCUUACCAUUUCUGAGCUCAAUUUCUGUUUCCUGUAUAUUCGAUUUAUUAAAACAUAAUGGAACAUUAAUGUUUAAAUCUGUUUGAACCAAACAUAGGAGUAUAUAAAGAUUUAAAACAAAAUAUGAAAGUGGUUGAUUUUAUAAUAUUUGUUUUCAUUAUGAAUGUUUAAUUUUGAUUAUUUAUGCAUACAUGUAUUUUUUUGUUAAAAA